UUUUAUAGCAGCUCAGGCUGGGGUAUGUCCUGUCUUGGUCCACAAGUCACACCCAGGCCCCUGCCACCCUUGUUUCUAAUGCAGGUCCUACCUGAUUGUCAUGAUGCCAUCCCUAGAUCUAGUCCUGCCAGUGUCUGGUGGGUGGACACCUAUCCAGGGAGGUGGCUGUCAGGACUGUCAAGUCCUUCAUGACUCUCAGUAUCUGUUAGUGUGUGCUCCAUUGGCAGGAGGCACCAGUCAGUGUGGGAGGGUUUCUUUGUAGAAAAGGCAGCUCCUGGCUCUCAACUCUGUUCCUUGUGUGUUCUAGCAACCUGCCCACCGUCCUUGAGAUUUCCCACCACCGCUCCCCUCCCCAUUCUUUGGCUCUAAGACUCACACCCAGGGGUUGAGGGCUCAGCUGAUAGCUGUAUGCUCACCGUCUAGUAGGCUAUUCCUUGUAACUGCGACUGGACCUUGUAAAGAGGUUGUUUAGAUGGCAGACUUCCACUGGAGAAGAGUGUGAACACCCGGCAUGGAUUGAUCCUGAGGACAAAAGGACAUACAGGGUCAGAAGGUCCUUUGGGGUGGAGACACUAGAGUCCAUCUCCAAUGGGUACUAGGAGAGGCUGCUCUUCUGACCGUCAUAAGGAAGUAGGUGUGACUAGCUUGCUGGGGAAAAUCCUGCCUGUCCCUGCCAGCAGCAAGUGUCUACAAGCAGCUCACAGCUGGCUCUGCCAUAGAGCCUGCCAUGAUGUCUUGGGACAAGGACUACCCGGGCCCUAAGUACAUAGGCCUUUGGGACUUCAAGGCGCGAACAAAGGAUGAACUGAGCUUUCAGGCAGGAGACCUCCUGCGUGUCACCAGGAAGGAGGAAAAGUGGUGGUGGGCCACCCUGCUGGAUGAGGCAGGCAAGGCCUUGGCUGAGGGCUAUGUGCCCCACGAUUACCUGGCUGAGAAGGAAACUGUGGAGUCUGAGCCGUGGUUCUUUGGUUGCAUCUCCCGCUUGGAGGCCAUGGACAGGCUGCAGGCUGAGGACAACUCAAAGGGAGCCUUCCUGGUCAGAGUCAGCAAGAAGCCAGGAGCAGACUAUGUCCUUUCUGUGCGGGACACUCAGGCCGUGCGACAUUACAGGAUCUGGAGGGAUGACAUGGGCUGGCUGCACCUGAAUGAGGCGGUAUCCUUCCCCGGCCUGUCUGAGCUUGUGGACUACCACAAGACCCAGAGCCUGUCCCACGGCCUGAAACUGACCAUGCCCUGCUGUAAGCAAAAAUCUGAGUCCUUGCCUCACUGGGAUGACUGGGAGAGGCCAAGGGAGGAGUUCACGCUCUGUAAGAAGCUGGGGGCCGGCUACUUUGGGGAGGUCUUCGAAGGGCUCUGGAAGGACCAGAUCCGUGUGGCCGUGAAAGUGAUCUCUAGAGACAACCUUCUACACCAGCACACCUUCCAGUCUGAGAUCCAGGCCAUGAAGAAGCUGCGGCACAAGCACAUCCUGGCACUGUAUGCUGUGGCAUCUGCAGGGGAUCCGGUCUACAUCAUCACGGAGCUCAUGCCCAAGGGGAAUCUGCUGCAGUUAUUGCGGGACUCCGGUGAGAAAGGCCUGCCUAUUUCGGAACUGCUGGACUUUGCAUCACAGGUUGCUGAGGGCAUGUGCUACCUGGAAUCUCAGAAUUACAUCCACCGUGACCUGGCUGCUAGGAAUGUUCUUGUUACAGGGAACAAUCUCUGCAAAGUGGGGGACUUCGGGCUGGCCAGGCUUGUCAAGGAGGACAUCUACCUUUCCCACAACCACAACAUCCCCUACAAAUGGACAGCACCUGAGGCACUCUCCCGAGGGCAUUACUCCAUCAAAUCUGAUGUCUGGUCUUUUGGGAUUCUCCUCUAUGAAAUUUUCAGCAAGGGGCUGGUGCCCUAUCCAGGCAUGUCCAAUCAUGAGGCCUUCCUGAGGGUGAAUGCCGGCUACCGCAUGCCAUGCCCCCAGGAUUGCCCACCCACCAUGCACAAACUGAUGCUCAGCUGCUGGAGCUCAGACCCCAAACAGAGACCUUGCUUCAAAGCCCUGUGUGAGAAGCUCUCCGACACCAGCUGGUAUGAGAACCUGGUCUGAGCUCCUUGGAUGUGGCCAGGACCCAUGGAAGAGAGACUUCAUGAUUAUCCUGGACCCCCACCGAAGCUGCGCACCAUCCUUCAGCUUGCCGAGAUGAAGGAAUAGAAAACAUACCAAGCAUACCUCAGAUACUCCAUGCUGUAAAGGAAAAAGUGAAGAGGGAGCCAUACUCCGUUCCCAUCUAUCUUCCGGGAGACAGUUCACAAAAUCCCAGAGGCCAUCCCGGCUUCCUCCCUUCUGUGAAGACUUCAUAUGACAGAGAAGCCAAGAAGGGUCUCAGCAACAGGCCUGGGAGUUCUUGGCAGCACAUCCCUUCCAGAGCGUACCUGUCCUUGGCCACUCCUCUGCUCAGCUAUCCACACACUCCCCACCCCUUGGCACCUUAAUUCCUCAGACUCCUGUGUCGCAGAGCAAGUUUUGGAGCUUCAGGUCCUUUCCCUUCAGAGACAGCUGCUUCUGUCCUGAGCUCAUGAGACACAACACCCUUUGUAGAAAACCACUGACCCCAUGCUCUGCCCCGUCCUCCGUUCUCCCCUUUCUGUUUGGACCUGACUCUUCCCAGAUGACUCUGGCCCAGAGCUGCUUUCCUGUCUCCAGUGUUCUGAAGCCCAGCCGGACUAUCUGUUCUCUGUGUCAGCUCCUUAUGCUUGGACAUUGGGGCCGCAGUUCUCAGGGGGUGAGAGUACCCCAAAAGCAUCUACCGGAGGAUGCCUUACUGCAAGUGGGUAUAACCCUCUCAGCACAAACCUACCAGCUGUUUCCAGACUGACCUCUCAAAUCGGGUGAACGUGCCCCAGCCUCCCUUGAGGAAAUGUCCUCUCUGAAUCCAAGAGAUGACACUGUCUGUGCUACUUCCUGUAAAGUCAAGCUGUCUUUUAAAAAUACAGCCCUCAGCUGGAUGAUGGUGCACACCAUUAAUCCCAGCACUUGGGAGGCAGAGACAGGCGGAUCUCUGUGAGUUUGAGGACAGCAUAGCCUACAAAGCAAGUUCCAGAAGCUCCAAAGCUACACAGGGAAACUCUGUCUCAGGGAAAAAAAAAGUGUUGGUAAAAUAAAAACAGGUAUGUUCUCGGGUGUGUCAGCGCUGAGUAUGUAUGUUCUUAGGUGUGUCAGCACUGACUGAUAUAGACUAGUUAGUGGCUCUCAACCUUCCUAACGCUGUGACCCUUUAAUACAGUUGCUCAUGUCAUGGUGACCCCCAACCAUAAAAUUAUUUUUGUUGCUAGUUCAUAACUGCAACCUUGCUUCUGUUAUGAGUCGUAAUGUAAAUAUUUUUGGAGGCAAAGGUUUGAUAAGGGGGGUCACGACCCACAGGUUAAAAUCAUUGAACUAGAUAGGCUGCCCGCCACCCCCAGUGUUUAAACAAGUUCAUUAAUUCUACUGGGUAUUUAAAAUGCUGAAGCCAGAAAUGGAAGCCCAGAGCACCAUACAGAGGAAGGACGUGACAGGGUGGUCUUUGCUUCUGUGGUGUUGGUGAUAUUUGCUUGAUUAGUCACCAAGAGCAACUUUGUGCUGAUACCUUGUGAGACCUUCAUGACCAUAACUGUUGAGUGGAUAGGAAUGUAAGCUGGGUAAAAGUUUAAAUAAACUUUCAACAAUAAAAGUCAUUUUACAACCUUCAGCUUGUUCAGGCUUGAGAAAUUUUUGUUAUUCAACUUUGGGGUAAUUCCUAAGGAAACAUAAACUUAAGCUGAUCUGCUUGUGGCCUCCGGUUUUACACAGGACGAAGGAUCUGGGUAAAUCUAAGAUGCUGUGCAGUCUGUAGGACGAGCUGCCGCGGGGCCUGCAAAGGUUUCCUCCUUUGCCUAGUGCUGGCAGCCCAUGGUUCAUGGGUGCCUACAUCCGAGUUUGCACUAGAACUGGGGGACCUAAGAGUUAGGAAUGAUAAUAGUGUAAUUAGAACCACUAGAAAUGACGAGGAAAACCUCCUGUGUGCAAAGCAGAUGAGGAAAACUCCAUUUGUGGUAAGGCUGUCACUUAGAGAGGAAGAGAAUCAUUGAGUGUUCCAGAUGAUGAAAAGGAGAAAAAGAUGACGGAUCACCCCCACCCUCCAGCCCAUUUUUUUUUUUUU